UCACAAUUCCACCAUCGCGCCCCCCAACUGAGGCGCUCGCACGCGUCGCAGCUCUCCGCCAUCACCUCCUCCCUCCCGCUCCACCAGCCCGACACUUUCGCACAAUGUCCUUCUUACCUUCCGCCCCCUGGCGCGACGCCUUUCUCUCCCACAUCUCCAAGAUGCCCAUGCCAACCUUUGUCCUCUCGACGCUCCACCGCGCACCGCCUGGUUCAUUGACCGAGUGGCUCCCACGCGCACGCACCUGCGUCUUCCGUGGCAUGUGGUGCGCGUUGCCGGAGAACGAUCUCAAUAAUGCAGAGAAGAACCCGGCCGCGUUCGAGAGCGAUUGCGUCACGUUCACGACGGAUAAACGGAUGCUGAAAUAUGGAGAGAUCUUUGCGUCUGGGGAGGCACCGGCUGGCGAGGGUGUCAGUGGAGGAGGGGGGCCGGUGGAAGCGGUGUGGUGGGUGGAAGAAGUGGGAUUUCAGUGGAGGGUGAAGGGGAGGGCGUAUAUUGUAGGAAACGACAUCGACGAUGGCGGGCUAGGCGCGGCGAAGGCUAGAGAAGCAUUGCAGCAGAGAAUGGGCACCAAAGACGAGAAACAAGUAGCUGAGUGGACAUGGUCAAGAGAAUUGACGGCUCAUUUUGGCAACCUAAGCCCAACCAUGAGAGGCACGUUCAAGAGACCUCCACCAGGAACACCGGCCGAUAAGCCUUAUGACGAUAAGACCCUUCAGCUUGGUACCAAACUCAAGGGCCUCGACGACGCAGUUGCUCGAGAGAACUUCCAAGUCGUGGUGAUCGUGCCCGACGAAGUGGAGAAGCUGGAUUUAAAUGAUCCGGUCGAGGGGAGGAGGCAUAAUUACAUCUAUCAGGCUCAAUCAGGCCGGUGGCAUAUGGAAGUAUUAUGGCCUUGAGGUGGUGUCCGAAAUUGGAUAUGCCCAAACCCCUCAGAUCGAAAUCACAAAGGGCGUGGUGAGAGAAUGUGGACAUCAGGGUGUUCACUCAUCAAUGGCUCGCUGCUGGUUUUUUCUUUUCGGUGCAUGUACGGACUACGGAAUAAUGCGGAUUAUUAAGUUAUCUGCACGACG